AUGCGACAGCCAUGGAAAAUACCUACAUCCUAUGCCCUGUCAAACGAACUCGCCAUCUCGCUGUGGCGACUCUUCACGGAACUUCCCGCGAAAACGCCACGCAACAAUAACGUGAACGUUCCUUUGUCUGCUGCACUCGAACAGUGGUUUCCUUCGACCACCAUCAUCACCCAAACUAGUGAUAUCAACAUUGGUACGCUCUUCAACUCUCAGUCUAGCUCUUAUACUUACAAGGCUAAUUUAUACAAUCCUCCCCUUGGUCAUAGGAUGUCGCGCCGUUUCCUUGCGCCCGAACUCGUCACGUAUAUCCUUGAAUGGGUUCUGUGUCAGCCUGACACACAACGAAUCCAUGCCGAGGUGUCUACUCUUCGCUCAUGCACCCUGGUUAGCAAGGACUGGACUGCCCCCGCGCAGAGGCUCCUCUUCCAUCGCGUCACGACGCGAGUAAACGUUUUCUCCCAGAAGUCUAUUCCUGACCUUGAUAGAUUCCUGACGCAUCAACGGGGCAUCGGAAAUCGUAUCCUCUCCCUCGACCUAGGCGUGCGCAUCUCUCCUCCAAACAAGAAGCCAAGGCCCGGAACGCCUGCAUUCCCUGUCACUUCUCUGGAACAGAUACUUUCCAACUGUCCUCACCUAUAUCACCUUGGCCUCCGCAUCAACAUAUCUAGCUUCGAGGAAGACGAGGUUGCUCGUCUGUCUGCGUUAUCACUGAACAUCCGGUCACUCGACGUCGUCUUCUACUGCGAAAUGUUGGAGUCGAUCACCCAACUCUUUUUCAUCUGGCCAACAAUCCGUCACUUUUCCUACCGAAACUCCUGCAAAAAUAAGGUCGUGGAUCUUCCGGCAAUUCCAUCUGAGCGACCUCCCAUCGCUCUCUACGAACUUGUACUUCAUUCGCAUUUAUACAAACGCGUACUGGACUGGCUACUUCCUCCGCCGAAUAGCAAAGAAACGGACUUUCGACCGUCGUUGCGUAUCCUCGAAAUGUCGAUACCAGAGUUAUUCGAAGGGAACCAUUGGCACUACGGACCGUACGCGCCGUUCGUUCAAUCUUUGCGGCUCUCCGAUACACCACAGAUCAACAAUCUGGCAGGAAGUCUUCGGUCUUUCGAGAAUCUAGAAGAGCUCGUCCUCAAGGAUUGUUUUCAGAUGUGGUGGACUUUCGACUAUCUGCCGCCGACGUUGAGGCAUUAUAGGUAUCACAACUCCAGCAAUGUAUGGAGGGAGAGUCGUGGGAUUUCUACGGGAAGGUGGGUGCUGAAACAGUGUCCGGAGCUGGAGACCUUCACGUCGAAUCAUGGUGCGAGUGGGCUGUAUGCGGAUGUAUAUGAGGAUUUGAAGCGGGAGUGUGCGAAGAAAAAUGUGACAUUCAACGUGGAUCCUCGGAUACAUUUUACGUCCGACUAUCCUGUCCCCGUCGACAAAUUCACCCGCCUUCGUACCUUGGACAACCUCUAUCAGAUGAAGAAGAGUCGUCCUUUGGUUACGUCUACCGACCAAAACUCGAUGGUGUAUUGA